AUGCGUCGAGACUUGAAAUUGUACGCGUACAAAAUUCAAUUGACGCAAGAAUUGAAACCGCAAGACCAUGGACAGCGCCGUACAUUUGCCGCAUGGGCUCUAGAGCAGUUGCAAGUCGACCCUGCAUUUGCACGAAAAAUCAUCUUCAGCGACGAGGCGCAUUUCUGGAUGAACGGGUAUGUCAAUAAACAGAAUUGCCGUAUAUGGGCUGACCAAAAUCCUGAAGUGACUUGCUUAAUUGCUAUGCAUCCUGCUAAAGUGACUGUAUGGUGCGGUUUCUGGGCUGGCGGCGUAAUCGGUCCAUAUUUUUUUGAGGACGCUAUGGGCAACGCGCUUACGGUCAAUGGAGAUCGGUAUCGCGCCAUGAUUAAUGAUUUCCUGUGGCCUCAACUGGACGAUAUGGAUCUAACAGACAUCUGGUUCCAGCAGGAUGGCGCUACGUGCCACACCGCACGCUCAACGCUGGAUUUACUGCAUGAAAAGUUCAACGGUUUCAUUACUUCGCGCGGCGGCGAUGUGCACUGGCCACCAAGAUCGUGCGAUAUAACGCCUUUAGACUUUUUCUUGUGGGGCUACGUGAAGUCUCAAGUAUAUGCGGAUAAGCCAGAAACAAUUGCAGCAUUAAGGGCCAACAUCAUUCGCGUCCUCGGACAGGUAGACGCUGAAAUGUGCGGAAAAGUGCUCGAAAAUUGGACCAUGCGAAUGCACGCUGUACAGCGCAGUCGCGGUGGCCAUUUAAACUAUAUAAUCUUCCAUACAUAA